AUGGCCUCCAGCCUCGUGAAUCUGCUGCUCAUGGAGGUGGCGGCCAUCGUCAGCAUUGUCCUGCUCGCAAUCCUGGUUGUGCUGAGCUCCUACCGCCGCCGCUCCGGUCAUCCGGCACUCCGCCUCUUCGUCUGGGCCGCGUCCACUCUCUUUCUCCCGCUCGUGUCCUACGCCGUCUCCGCGGCGGCCAAGUGGGACGCAUCAGCGCGCGUCCCGCUCCUCCUCGCCUGGAUCGUCUUCCUCCAGAUCCUGCGCAACACCAUCGACACCGCCCGCUCCUCCACUUCGACCAUCAGCAGCAGCGGCUCCAACGGAAGCAAGUUCCGGCCGUCGGUCGAGCAGCUGGCGAGGAUGGGGUGGGUGGCGUUCCUCAUCAUCAGCAGUGGUGGUGCCGCCGGGAGCCCACUGCUCACCGGCGUCCUGCUGUGGCUGUGGGUGCUCAGCCUCCUCAAGCUCAUCCACAGGCUCGUCGCUGCCGAGCUCGCCAAGAACUCAUUCGCUGUCGGCCUCAACUCGUACCUCGUCGCCGACUACAUGAAGCAACUCCAUGGGCAUGGGCAUGGUCAGGCAGGCCAAGGUGGACUAGAAGUGCCUCCUCCUUACUUUGUGAAGGGUGAGGAGAAACUGCCUAUCAAGCCUAGGCCGCAUGGGUACCACAUUGACAGGACUACUGCAGCUCCGCCGUCAUUGUCCAAUGACCUGAACGCGGGGCAUGUCGUCACCGUGGACAGGAUAUGGUCGCUUUCCUCGUCCGGCGACCCUCUCCUCGCAUCCUGCCCGCAGAUCAAGGACCUGUGCCUCUCUUUUGCCCUGUUCAAGCUGCAGCUCCGGCGGUUCAUUGGGUGCCCACUCGCCGAGGCCGGCUGCCACCGUGCCAUGGCAUUCGUGCAGGACGGGCUCCUUGCUGGUAGUGGUAGCCCAGAGACGGUGUUCCGGGUGGUCCAGGCCGAGCUGUCCUUCCUCGCCGACUUCCUCUACUCGAAGCUCACCGUCUUCUACGCCAGCGGGUGGUGGUUCCCGGCUCUCAACUCAAUCCUCGUGCUUGCCACGUGGAUCAGCUGCCUCGCGGCCGGCGGCGCCAUCGUGCACGACAUGACGAACCCCGGCACGGCGCUCGCCCAGGACUACCAGAACCUCCGGAACUACCUGCAGCACCACGACACGGUGUUCCACGUCAUCGUUGGCCUCGACAUACUCGUCUCCGUCUCCUUCAUCGUCUGCAUCGUGUUCACGGAGGGGUGGGAGAUCGCCAACUACGUCUGCUCCGACUGGAUCAAGGUGUCCGCCAUCUGCGAGUACGCGCGACGGCCGACGUGGCGGAAGUCGCCGUGGGCGCGUCGUAAGCUCAGCCGCCUGCUCUGGCUCCGGCCCAUGCAGCAAUGGGACGACCGGUUCUGCCAGGUGUCCAUCCUGCAGCUUCGGUUCUGCUACUGCGGCUGCGUCUCACGGCAAGUCGACCGGAUCGUGAAGAAGACCGUCGCAGUGCCCGCGGCGGUGAAAUCCGCCAUUGUGGUGACGCUCAGAACAAACAAGGGUAGGCUCGGGAACGGCGAGCGGUCCUUGCAAGGCAACGGAGUCGCGGGCAACCUCUUCUGGGCUUGCCGUAUUAAAGCCGGCGACGACAAUGCCGUGGACAGCCUAUCCGAGCAGAUUCUCGUGUGGCAUCUCGCCACGAGGCUGGUCGAGCUCAAGCGCUCCGAGGGAGCUCAUGGUGGCAAACUCGACAACGACAAUAAUGACACAGAUGGGGAGAGCGACCUCGACCUGGUGGUUGUUGCUACACGGCUGUCCCGUUACUGCGCCUACCUGGUGGCGCUGAAGCCGGCCCUCCUGCCGGACCACCGCGCGUGGACGGAGGAGCUCUACGAGGGAGUGGUGGAGGAGGUGACGAGGGUGCUCGCGCGCUGCGCGGGGCCGGUGGUGACGUACGAGCGCGCCGCGACGUGCCUCGGUGGGAGCAUGAACGCGACGUUGAGGAAGGCGUCCAAGCUCGGGCGGCAGCUGGUGGAGGAGGUCAGCGACGAGGCGUUGUUGUGGAAGGUGGUCGCCGACUUCUGGGCGGAGCUCAUCCUUUACCUCGCGCCGUCGGAGAACGUGACCUCGCACUCCAAGUCGCUCUACCACGGUGGCGAGUUCAUAACCGUGCUGUGGGCGUUGCUCGGUCACGCUGGCAUUGUUGGGCGCCCGGAGACUGACAGCACUGAUAUCUCAGCCUAG